AGCUCCUCCGUCACUUUCGUCAUCCGGGAACCUACCGCCAUAUUUCUAUUUUUGCAUCAGUGUCUGUUGUUUAUGUGACUUUAUUUUCCAACUUUUCCCUAUUGCUCGCCUGUUGUUUCGUGCGUGUGUCGUGUACAGUUGUGUGAAUUGAAAGGGUAGUGUGAGUGAACGUAUAUAAGGGGAGAACAGCAAGAGUGGCAGCUGCUGUCACCUCCCAAUCUAGUGAAUUUUUUCCAGUCAUGUCAACGAAAGCCAAACAAGACGGGGAUCCUGCCACUAUAGAAACAGAUGGAGAUAGUCCAGAAAUGUGGUCUAGUCAGCAGCAGCAGUCGCAGCUGCAGCCGCAGCCGCAGUUGCAGCAGCAGCAACACCAGCAGGAAGAUUGUGAUGAUGGUUGCAGUGGUGGUGGUGGAGGUAGAGACUCCUCCUCCCCCUCCACUAAGCCAGAGGAAGGAACUAUCAGUGCAUCCCCAACUGAAUCUAGUGUGUUAGAUUCACAUAAGGGAAGCACAUCACCUUCCAUUUCUUCAUCACCUUUGAAUCUUCCUCACUGGCAAUAUUCAAGAGAUGAACUUCUAGCAAUUAAAGAAGCCCCUUUGUCUAUGAAGUGGCCUGCAUGUUUGGACAUAGCAUAUAGUAAGCCUGCAGGACGAUGGGAUCCUGAUAGGUGGAUUCGAGCGGUGCAUGAUGAGCGACGUCCGUCCAGCACCGCCCCUGUGCCCUCCACAGUCACCAGCAACAAGCCCGACCGUCCUCCAGAUCUAGAGCUGAAAAGGAGUCGGGACCCUCGAGAAAGAGUGAAGCAAGAAGAGCAAGAUGGUCUUGUAUUGUCACCGCAACGAAGAAGCUUCAGCACAGGAUGUCAUGGUCUCCAGCAAGCUUCAACAGUGUCAAAACGUCCUGACUCUCCCACAGAAAGACCUCAGCGUGAGUCUCAUAGAGAAAUACCAACACGAAGAAUAGGGUCUGGCAGAAUCUCCCGUAGAGAUGAUUCUGAGGCUCCCGUUACCACUGAGCGUAGAGAGCUUCCUUCUAGACGGGAGAGGGACCUUGAACGAGAGCGAGGCCGAGACAGAGAUAGGGAGGCAGAUCAGCGACGGGAUGCCAGGGAUUGGAGAUCCAAACAUGACCAAUGCUUUGAUGGAGACAAUAGAUUUGACAAUAGAAGACGAUUCAUGUUUGAGGAAGAAGAAAAUGAAAAACGGCCUGACCGAAGAGAGCGAGAGAAGGAUAGGCGUUACCAGGACCGUAAAAGAAUGUCUCGUGCUGAUGAAGAAGAACAGCCUGAAUGGUUCACAGGAGGUCCAACAAGCCAAAAUGAAUUCAUUGAGCUGGUUGGAUUUGAUGACAUCCCUGAGGAGAACUGCACUUCCACCAAGGCUCAGCACAAGAGGGAACGCCGCCGGUCUAAAAAGGAAAAAGAAGGUGGUGGGAGUAGAAGAGGCUCCCGAAGCAGCACUCCAAUUAUUGUAGAAGAAUCAGCUAGUAAAUCUCCAAAGUUGCAGCAAGAGGAAUCAAAGCGUAUUGAAGAAAACGUUAGGCAGCAAACUCAGCCAACUGUUAUUGAGCCUGUGGAGCAGGAACUUCCUGGGUUCAAUAUUGAUGAUUUCCUUGGUGAUAUCAUUGGUUAUCCUGGAAAUUCUGAAGAGAUGGUUGGUGUCAACAAUACCAAUGCUGUUGGUGGAAGUGGAUCGUCCAGAUUGAAGCAGUUCUUCUCAACUAAGAGAGAGAGUCCAGUCUUUGGUUCCUCUGGUAACUCACGUCGUUCGUCUCUUGAUUUACCACCACACAUCAAUAAUCUUCUCAAUGAAAUCACGGCUAGCGAACCAAACAUUGUGAUCCCUUCAGCCACGGCAGGCCUCGACUCCAACCACUUCUUUGCACCAAUUUCUCCAGCAGACAAAACUGGUGCGAACUCCAUAGUGGACCUAUUACAGCAAGCUUCCUCAGCGGGUUUAGGAGGUCCAGAACCCUUAGGACCUACUCAACCUCCUAUUGGACCUCCAGGGAUUCAUGGGUCACAGCCUCCACCUUCUAUAAAAGAUCUCAUGAUGGAUGGGAAGGGACAGAGUUUGGAAGAAGUUGAAGCUGGUAUACGCAAUAUGCGCCAACAGAACCGCCCUCACCAUAGCCAUGUCAGUCACAACCAUCAUGGCCUCAGCAGCCAAAUGAAUGCAUUUGACGAUUUUCUCUCACAGGUUACUUCUACUCAAGGCACAGUCAAACCAGCACCCAACACUUCAGCCAUGGAGGUGCUAUUUAAGUUAUUAAAUGGAGGGAUGAAGGAUGCAGUAGUGAAGCCAUCACCCAUGCCAGUGCAACCAGCUGUUCCAAAUGCUCCUACUGAAAAUGAUCUCAUUGCUAUGUUAAUGAAAGGAAAUACAUCAAGUUCAGGACAGCAAACACAGGGUCAUGGCCUCUCCCAUCAGCAGCAGUCUCGUUCCAUGCCGCCUCCAUCUGUACCCAACUUCAAUGUACCUCCACCAAGCAUGGUCGCUCACUACCAACCUCCACCCAAUGUUCCUGGUCUAACAACUCAGGGGACACCAUCACAGGAUGUAAUAAUGAAAUUACUUCAGCAGCAGCAACAGCAGCAGCAGCAACAAAAGAGACAGCAACAUCUUUUGCAACAGAAGCAGCAGCAGCAACAGCAACAACAACAACAACAACAACAGCAGCAGCAACAGCAGCAGCAACAACAGCAGCAGCAACAGCAGCUUGAUCCAAUCAAGCAGUUAAUGGGAGGCUUGGGGCGCAUGAGUGUUACUCCAUCACCUCAACCACAAGACCAAGUCUUGAGGGAUGCUCUGCUUCGACCAGAUGUUCAAAAGUUACUACAAAGAGUAGCUAGUGGACAUGUCACAGCAGAUCAGCUUGUUACUCAGCUGAAGAGUGUAUCUGUCACACCCUCCCAACGUGAUGCCAUCACCACAGUCUUGAAAUUCCUCAACAGACAGCAUUCUCAGCCACUCAUUCCCCACCGCACCACCCUCACUCCUUCCCCAACACCACAGCCUGUGGUAGGUGGAGGGAUCUCCCUUGGUGGCAGUGCAUCCUUGUCACCUCGUGUUGCUUCUCCAAAUCCUGAUGCCUCUUCCAUGCUCAACCCUCAUAUCCUUCAGCAACAGUCACGUCUUUCUCCACAUAUGUUUACAGGUGGAACAUUGGGCAGCAAUCUGAGUGUGAACAGUGUUGGAGGCCCUCGGAGACCCCCUUCCCAUCAAGAAUUAGUUGCUCACACCCAGAGCAUCAUGCAGAAAGCAUUGCUCAAGCAGGAGUUGGAGAAGGCAAAAGAGAAGCAUCGUAAGCGGGAGGCUGAAAGAGCUCGAUCUCCUAAUCCUAAUGGACCUGUGAAUGCUGUGUCAAGUGUGAGUUCAGCUCCUAUUCCUUCUGGUGUGAAUAAGUUGCAGAAUGGUUCCCCAAGUAAGUCUGGUGUCAAGUCACAGUCUCCUCUAGCUUUUACACCAACAUCAGUCAUGAGGAAGAUGACAGCUGACCGUGAUCGUCACGAGCGUGUUGAUAAAUCUGACAGCCCUGUAGUGGGUGACAUGAAAGAAGGAGACAGGAACAGGGAGCAUGACAACCAUACUAGUGUAAACCUUCCACUUCAAACUUCACUUCAACAGCAGCAAGCUCAGUGCCGAGGAAAAGUCAUCGAUAACAAGAGAGACUUACGACGAGGCGCAUCUCCUUUACCUCCCUGCACUGGUGCAAUGUCAGCAGGACCUCUUAUGGGGGGCAAGGGUCCUGUGAUCAUGGGUGGAAACCCAAGUAUGUUGAAUAUGGGUCCACCAGGGCAGCGUCAUCCCUCUUCCACUCUCCAACCCCCAGGAAUGGGCAUGUCUCGGAAUCAACAGAAUCUAAAUAAUAUUCGAGCGCUGCAUGCAGCACAAGCCCAGGCAGCAUUUGCGCAGCAAUUGAUACGGAGUCAAACCCCAGCAGCAGGUAAUAUUGGCCCAGCCCACCACAGACUGCCUAACACCAAUCCUCCAGGACCCCUUCAUCAACUCCUGCUCAAUAACAACAAUCCUGCCAACUCUUUGCACCAUCAUCAUAAGUCAGAGGGUGGUUUGCAUGUUCCGAUUAUGCCCAUGGGAGGCAAUUCACAUCGCAGUUCACCUGUCAACUUGGCCCAGUUCUUUGGCAGAGAUAUCAUGUCACAGGUUCAAGCUGGGGGAUUACCAGAUUUACCUGGAGGCAAGGUUUUGAGCCUGGAAGAGGUGGAGCGGCUACAACAGACACAGGCUGUCCCCAACUGAGCUGUGAUGACAGCCAGUGGUGAGCCCAAAGAACUUUUGAACCAUAUCUUCCAGUGUUUUGGCUAUUAGUAUUUGGAUCUCAGCACAUUUUGGUAAGCUAUUUCAUCUGUGUUCGUCACCCAGAAACGUUAUUGCUUGUGGUGAGAACUGAGUAGUUGGUGGUUUCUUUGAAGUGAAACGAGUGCAAAUAUUAUUGUAAGUGAAAAAGAAAAUAACACAAAAUAUCUAAAUAUAUUCUGAAUAUUUAACUUAUAGCAGCAGUGUUCUGAAAUGAGUCAGUGGCUGCAUUGUGCAAGAAAAGAUUCUGUGACAGAAGUCAAUUCCAAAACAAAUGUCAGUGAAUCUGCACAUGUAAUAUACUUUGAUUUCCAGUCUGUACCUCAUUAUUAUUGAUGCUUCAAGACACUACAGUGCUGAGGCAUAUAAAUAUAUAUAUAUAUAUAUA